AUGGAACUCGUGCUGGUCUGUGUGCUGCUACGCUUCACGGUUCAGUGCGUGCGAGCGCAGCAAGACGGUACGGAUGUCACCGAAAAAGAGGGCGGUAGUGACAACGCCGGCGACGAAUUGGACUACCUCCAAUUGCUACGAAAUGCCCUAGCCGGUGGCUUCGCCAACAUGCCAGUCGCUCUGAGGAGAAAGCUCUUGAGUGCGGACAUCGCGCCCGAGUGCAACGCGGGCCUGCUACGUACCAUGCGGGCCUUUCAGAACAUGGAACCUUGGGCGCUAAGACUGCUCGACGCGUCCGGCAAGUUCCCGACAGGCCUGCUGCACGGUUCUCGCGUUGACCUGGGUGCAUUCGACGAAUGCCUCGAGACGGAGGUAUUCGACAGCUACGGUGACGUGAUCACUCGCGGCCAGUACUGCAACCUUCUCGUUUACAUUGAGAACUCCACGGCAGUGGAAGAAAAGAUCCACAACCUUUCAAGCAUCAUUCAUCCCAAGGUAAGAUGA